GAUCGAUCGAUCGAUCGGGAUCGGGGCCGGCGCUUUGGGCUCGCUGGGAUGUUGGGAAGAGCAGCUCAGACUCCCGGCAGUCCCAACUUCCCCUGACCCCACAGCCUGAUCCCAAAUCUCUCUUUGGGGAGCUCCAGGUGAGUUUGGAAGGGGAAAUCUGGUUUUUGGGGGAAAUCUGGUGUUUGGGGUUUCACGGGAUCGGGGCUGGCGCUUUGGGGUCGCUGGAAGAGCAGCUCAGACUCCCGGCAAUCCCAUUUUCCCUGACCCCACAACCCAAUCCCAAAUCUCUCUUUGGGGAGCUCCAGGUGAGUUUGGAAGGGGAAAUCUGGUUUUUGGGGGAAAUCUGGUGUUUGGGGUUUCAUGGGGUUGGGGCCGGCACUUUGGGGUCGCUGGAAGAGCAGCUCAGACUCCCGGCAAUCCCAUUUUCCCUGACCCCACAACCCAAUCCCAGAUCUCUUUGGGGAGCUCCAGGUGAGGUUGGAAGGGGAAAUUGGUUUUUGGGGAAAUCUCUUUGGGGUUUCAUGGGAACGGGGGCAGCGCUGGGCUUGGCUUUCCCUGCCUGGAUUUCCGUGGAAUUCCACUUGGGUUUUCCAGCUCUUAAUUCCUCUCCAGGUUGGGUUUUAGGGAUUUAGGGGGAAAAGCUCUGUGGGGGAAAAAUCCCAGAUUGUCUGAGCCCAGAAUCGAUCAGGAGCUUCCAUUUAGCCGUGCCUAACAAAGCCUGGCUUUACCCCGGGGGUUCUUUGUGCUUCCCAGCUCAUCCAGAUUCCCAAAAAAAUCCCCUUUUACCCAGAAUUAUCCCAGCUGGAAGGGUUUGUACCCCAAUCCAUCAUCUGGGAACCUCCACCUGCCGGGAUUUCCUGGGGGUUGUGAUCCUUCAUCUUCCAAAAGCUCCCCCGAGCAGCUGGACCAUGCUGGAGGAUGAGGAUGGGAUGAGCGAGCGCGGCCUCGGCGGCUCCCGGAGGAGGUUCGAGGAUGAGGAAGACUACCACUCCAUCUACAUCGGGGUGCCGGUGCCGCGCGGCUUCCGCAGGAAACGGCGCCGCCGGCGCUCGCCGGGCUCCAGCCGGGAGCGCAGCGGCAGCGAGCGCCACUUCGGGCCCCGCGAGCCCUCGGACACCGACGAGGGCCAGGGCUGGCCCGAGAGCGGCAACGACAACGCCAGCAGGACCAUGUCCCCGGCGGCCGAGCGGCUGCGGUACAUCCUGGGGGAGGAGGAGGAGCCCCCCAAGCCCACGCUGUUCACGGAGAUGGACACGCUGCAGCGCGACGGCGACGACAUGGAGUGGAAGGAGUCAGCCAGGUGGAUCAAGUUCGAGGAGAAGGUGGAGGAGGGUGGUGAGAGGUGGAGCAAACCCCACGUGUCCACGCUGUCCCUGCACAGCCUCUUUGAGCUGCGGACGUGUCUCCAGACAGGAACGGUGCUCCUGGACCUGGACGGAUACUCCUUGCCCCAAAUUAUUGACGAUGUCAUCGAGAAGCAGAUCGAGGACGGGCUGCUGAAGCCGGAGCUGCGGGAGAAGCUCAGCUACGUCCUCCUGCGCAAGCACCGCCACCAGACCAAGAAGCCGAUCCACCGCUCGCUGGCCGACAUCGGCAAAUCCGUGUCCUCCAACAGCGCCCGCAGCCCCGUGCGGGGCCCGGCCGCCGGCGCCGCCUUCCACCGCUCCACCGAGGACCUGCGGCUGCGGCAGAGCGGCAGCUACGGCCGCCUGCGUCACGCCCAGAGCCGGAGCAUGAACGACAUCUCAGACACCCCGAGCACUGACCAGCUGAAGAACAAGUUCAUCAAGAAGAUCCCCAAGGACGCCGAGGCCUCCAACGUGCUGGUGGGGGAGGUGGAGUUCCUGGAGAAGCCCUUUGUGGCCUUCGUGCGGCUGCUCCAGGCCACCAUGCUGGGGGGGGUCACGGAGGUGCCCGUCCCCACCAGGUUCCUCUUCAUUCUCCUCGGCCCGGCGGGAAAAGCCAAGUCCUACAACGAGAUCGGCAGGGCCAUCGCCACUCUCAUGGUGGACGAUCUCUUCAGCGACGUUGCCUACAAAGCCCGGGACAGGGAGGACCUGAUCGCCGGCAUCGACGAGUUCCUGGACGAGGUCAUCGUCCUCCCGCCCGGCGAGUGGGACCCCAACAUCCGCAUCGAGCCUCCCAAAAAAGUGCCCUCAGCUGAGAAGAGGAAGUCGGUGUUCUCGCUGAACGAGGUGGGGCAGAUGAACGGCGCGGCCGGCGGGGCGGGCGCCGGGGGCGGCGGCGGUGGCAGCGACGAUGGGGAGAUGCCCGAAGUCCACGAGAUUGGGGAGGAGCUGGCCUGGACUGGCAGGUUUUGUGGUGGCCUCUACCUGGAUAUCAAGAGGAAGCUGCCCUGGUUCCCGAGCGACUUCUACGAAGGUUUCCAUAUCCAGUCCAUCUCCGCCAUCCUCUUCAUCUACCUGGGCUGCAUCACCAACGCCAUCACCUUCGGGGGGCUGCUGGGGGACGCCACCGACAACUACCAGGGGGUCAUGGAGAGCUUCCUGGGCACGGCCAUGGCCGGCUCCAUGUUCUGCCUCUUCGCCGGGCAGCCCCUCAUCAUCCUCAGCAGCACCGGCCCCAUCCUCAUCUUCGAGAAGCUGCUCUUCGACUUCAGCAAAGGCAACGGGAUCGACUACAUGGAAUUCCGCCUGUGGAUCGGGCUGCACUCGGCCCUGCAGUGCCUUAUCCUGGUGGCCACCGACGCCAGCUUCAUCAUAAAGUACAUCACGCGCUUCACCGAGGAGGGCUUCUCCACCCUCAUCAGCUUCAUCUUCAUCUACGACGCCAUCAAGAAGAUGAUCGGGGCCUUCAAGUACUACCCCAUCAACUCCGACUUCAAGCCCGACUACGUGACCAUGUACAAGUGCGAGUGCGUCGCCCCCGACCCAGCCAACGCGACCUUGUUCGAUGCUUCAGCUCCAGUGGCACCAAACACCACUAACGUGUCUCUGUCCAAUGCUCUCAACCUCACAGCUCUGGACUGGACCCAGCUGAGUAAGAAGGAAUGUCUCAAAUACGGCGGCAGCUUAGUGGGAAAAUCCUGCAAAUUCGUGCCCGACCUGGCCCUCAUGUCCUUCAUCCUCUUCUUCGGCACCUACUCCAUGACCCUGACCCUGAAAAAAUUCAAAUUCAGCCGCUACUUCCCCACCAAGGUCAGGGCUUUCAUUGCUGAUUUUUCCAAUGUCUUCUCCAUCCUGCUCUUCUGUGGAGUGGAUGCCUGUUUUGGACUGGACACCCCCAAACUCCACAUCCCCAGUAUCAUCAAGCCCACGCGCGUGGACCGGGGCUGGUUCGUGUUCCCCUUCGGGAAGAACCCGUGGUGGGUGUACCUGGCCAGCGCCCUGCCCGCCCUGCUGGUCACCAUCCUCAUCUUCAUGGACCAGCAGAUCACGGCCGUCAUCGUCAACAGGAAGGAGCACAAGCUGAGGAAGGCAGCCGGGUACCACCUGGACCUCUUCUGGGUGGGCAUCCUGAUGGCCGUGUGCUCCUUCAUGGGGCUGCCCUGGUACGUGGCCGCCACCGUCAUCUCCAUCGCCCACAUCGACAGCCUCAAGAUGGAGACCGAGACCAGCGCCCCCGGGGAGCAGCCCCAGUUCCUGGGGGUCAGGGAGCAGAGGGUGACUGGCAUCAUCGUCUUCGUGCUGACAGGCAUUUCAGUUUUCCUGGCUCCUAUCCUGAAGUACAUCCCCAUGCCGGUGCUCUACGGGGUCUUCCUCUACAUGGGCGUGGCGUCACUGAACGGCAUCCAGUUCUGGGAUCGCUGCAAGCUCUUCCUGAUGCCAGCCAAGCACCAGCCCGACUACGUGUUCCUGCGGCACGUCCCGCUGCGCCGCAUCCACCUCUUCACCCUGGUGCAGAUCGUCUGCCUGGCCGUGCUCUGGAUCCUCAAAUCCACCGUGGCUGCCAUCAUCUUCCCCGUCAUGAUCUUGGCCCUGAUCCUGGUGAGGAGGCUCCUGGAUUUCGUCUUCUCCCAGCACGACCUGGCCUGGAUCGACAACAUCAUCCCCGAGAAGGAGAAGAAGAAGGAGGACGACAAGAAGAAGAAGAAAAAAGGCAACAAAGGCGACAGCAGCAGUGACGAGGAGGAAAGAGGGCCUCCACCUGGAGCUUUGCGCUCUGACUCCUCCCCGAACGGCUCGGACAUGGAUCGCAGCAUCACCCUCCACCUGAAGAUCUCGUGCCCGUCGUCUCCCGCCUUUAACUACUCCCGCAACCCCAUCUGUGCCGUGCCCCAGGUGAAGAUCGAGAUGGAGUCGGACUACGAGGACAGCGACACCGAGAAGGCCCCGCGGGACAUGGGCAGCGAGACCACGCUAUAGCCCCGCCCGCCGGCACCCAGCGUUUCACUUAAUUUAUGUCUAGCUAGGUAGAUAGCGCCGCGGGCAGCACGGUCAAGGAAACUGGGGGCGUUCCUCUCUGCCGGACGCCGGCGGCCCCGGUGGCCCCGCACCCCGGUGGAUUUAGGGCCCCACACACUGGCUGAUUUCAGGGCUGCGUGCUCUGGAAUUUCCCUCUCUUCCCACUGGGCGGAGGCAACGCCGCUGGCGGCGAAACGGGGCCAGAAAGGUGGGAUUGGUGACUUUGGCACAGGAAGGGUGGGAUUGGUGAUUCUGGCACAGGAAGGGUGGGAUUGGUGAUUCUGGCACAGGAAGGGAAGGGUGGGAUUGGUGAUUUUGGCACAGGAAGGGUGGGAUUGGUGAUUCUGGCACAGGAAGGGAAGGGUGGGAUUGGUGAUUUUGGAUCCAGACAGGAGGAAGCACCUGGGAUGGAGGAGGCUCCUGGGUUGGGUUGAGGAAGAGAAGGCAGCUGGGAUGGGGAUGAGGAGGAGAAGGAGGAAGCACAGCAAGAUGGGGAUGAAGAGGAGAAGGCUCCUGGGAUGAGGAGGAGGAAGCAGGACAGGGAUGAAGAGAAGGCUCCCGGGAUGAGGAGGAGGAGGGAGACAGGAAUGGUUCCUGAGGGAAUGCAGGCUGGUUUCCACAGGGAAAUGGGAACGGUGGCUGCAGCAAAGCCCUUUGGUCGCCCACCCCACAUCCUCACCCAGGACUCUGCCAGGCUGGGAACAGCCCCAUCCCUCCUGCAGCCCUUCCCUCCCUGGAAGAUUCCCCUGAUGGGAAAUCCAAGGAUUCUCCCUGGAGGAAUCCCCUGGCUGGGGGAACCUGAGGAUCCUCCCUGGAGGAAUCCCGGGAUUCCCUCUGGCUCUGCCACCCCGGGGCUCCAUUCCCACCCAGCACUGGGAGCACAGGGGGAGAGCAGCCCCGGCCCCCAGUGCUCCCAGUUCCACCCAGCAGCUCCUCCCAGGGCCCAGCAGCAUUUUGGGGUCCCCAGGGGCUCUUCUCACCCGGCUGGGGAUCCAGGCUCCCUCCAGCUCUUCCCAGCUUUGCCAAGGCUUUAAAGGAAUUUUCUUUUUCUCCACCCAUGGCCCAGGCCCAGCCCUGGUUUAGGAACGCUGGUCCCAGCACCCCUGGAAUUGAUUUCUUCUCAUUUUUCCUGGGUGAAUCCUUCAGGUUUUUCCCUCCCAGAGCCCCCAGGCCCUUCCCCGUGAGCAGAACUGACCUGACACUGACACCAGCAGCACUGGGGUUCUUGUGGGACACCAGUGACACAUUUUAACUGGGACACCAGUGACACACUGUACAUAGGACACCAGUCAAACACUGCAAACAGGACACCAGUUCCACCCUGUAACUGGGCACCAGUUCAACCCUGUAACUGGUCUGUUCCUGACCCCUGUAAAUACCCCAAUCCUCUGAGACUCAAAGGCCGUUUCCUGUUCAUGGCAUUUCUCGUUCUGGUUCUGGCGCAGCUCUGGGGACUCGAGGCAGUGCCCAGACCCGGCCCUGGCAGUGCCCUGACCCGGCCCUGGCAGUGCCCAGACCCAGCCCUGGCAGUGCCCAGACCCAGCCCUGGCAGUGCCCAGACCCGGCCCUGGCAGUGCCCUGCCCUGGCCCUGGCAGUGCCCUGACCCGGCCCUGGCAGUGCCCACCAUGCCCUGGCAGUGCCCAGACCCGGCCCUGGCAGUGCCCAGACCCAGCCCUGGCAGUGCCCAGACCCGGCCCUGGCAGUGCCCAGACCCGGCCCUGGCAGUGCCCAGACCCGGCCCUGGCAGUGCCCAGACCCAGCCCUGGCAGUGCCCAGACCCGGCCCUGGCAGUGCCCAGACCCGGCCCUGGCAGUGCCCACCAUGCCCUGGCAGUGCCCAGACCCUGCCCUGGGACUGCCCACCAUGCCCUGGCAGUGCCCAGACCCCUCCUGUAGCUCCUGUCCCCACCCUGUGCCAGCUGCAGUGUUCUGGGCAGGUUCAAGGAUUUAGUCCUGGUUUAAUUUGCUCUCUGUGCUGCCCAGGGCUCUGGGCAGGUCUAAGGUUUUGAUCCUGGUUUAAUUCUUCCCCUGCUGCCCAGGGCUCUGGCAGCGGGGCCGUGGGGCAGAGCCAGAGCCACCCAGGCUCUUUGGGCUCAGUUUGUCCCUUUUGGGCGAGGUGCCCCCGAGGUUUUGGGGGUUUUUUUGUACCAGGUCUCAGCCUCCAGCACGGCACCGCUGAACCAGGUUGGAUUUCUCAUGGCACAACCCAAUAAAAACCUUCCCACGA